CCGAGCCGUAAUGGAAGCUGACUAGCAGCUAGCCCUUAAAGCUAGCGGGGGCAACAAAUGCAAACAAUUAGAUGACCAUGGCGGACGAUGACCUUGAUCAACUUCUGGAUGAAGUUGAAAAAAAGUUUUGUUGUAACGUUUCGGUGGCGUGUUCAGCUCGCAGGGACAUAAGCGAGAGUGAAAAAUCCAGCGAGGGCAAAAACAGACGGAGAAAGCACAGUGUCAUCCAACCUGAGCAGCCGAUAAGCAGCGUCUCUGAGGAUAUUGAUGCUUUUCUGGAAGAAUUCCUGGAGGAAAAUUACAACGAUUCCCCUUCAAUAAAGACUGAACAGUUUUCUAAAGGACCACAGGUGGAGAAGAAGCUCUCAGCUCAGUCUGGAGGAAGAAAGUGCUGUCCUGUUUUCAUUGGCGGGAGCUCAGUCACAAACGGCGUUGGAACAGCUACAUCCAAGAGGUCGUGUGACCAGCUACGGUGUGUAUCCUGUGACUUCCGUGUGCUGAUGUUUGACGAUUCUGAAUGGGAUGCAUCUUGUGAUUACCUGUUCCUAAGGAACAACAUGCCGGACCGUCAGAAGCUCAGAACCAAGCUGAGGAGGUGGGGGGGUUCCCGGGCGUACUGCUGCCAGUGCAGCUGGUUCUCUGCGUCAGAGACAACAGACCUCAGAGACCGACCUCAGCUCAGAUGGGUCUGUGGCAAACACCAGGACUGAUGUUCACUCCUCACCACUGCAAACACACCGUUUAUUCUUAAAUCAUCAACUAACGCCAGCUAUUCUCCUAAACAGGUCAAUCACCUAGAUGUAAUUGCUAGA